AUGAUAAUAGAAGAAGGAAAGGCUGACUACGACAUACAAGGCACAUAUAUAAGUGACCUCAAGCACUACCUCAAAACAACUGAGAUUCCCACCAACCUCAGAACUCGCAUUUUGACCACCAAGCUUACAGAACUCAUUCACGAGGUACCCGACUUUGCAUCAAAGACGGCUAAUCUACAGACGAUAGAUAACGUCUUCAAACACCUAUACAAAUUUCAUGACAAUCGCAUCGAGAAGGUUCUUCCAUUCGGUGAUCUACUCACACUUUACAGAAAGACCUCGUCUGUUCUUCUAGCAAAAGAGGAUUUCAAGCUUCCUUACUACAUGAUGAUCCUAGCUCAACAGCUACUAAGCCUAGACAGUAAGGUUCCAACAGAUAUAUAUGCCAUUACAGUUGAGCUAGGGGCUUCAGUAAGGUUCAAUGGGGUCGAGAAUGCUCUCUCGGUUGUGGUGCAUAAUUCAGCGCUGAUUCCGAAGGACUUCACCGCCGCAGUUCUCAAUCGUUUCAAGAAUAAGAACCAAUUGGCUCUUCUGACAUUCGAAGCGUUCCUUUCAUUCGAGCCGGAUGCUCGGAAGAAGAUUGUCAACGACGAUUUCUGUGACGAAUAUUGCUCAUUUAUCGAGCUGUUAUUUGAGAAUCUGGACCCAAAUGUUCAUGAAUACGAGAAUCUUGACAAAAAUAUUUAUCGUAUUCAGGAGCUUACCUGUGAGAUCUUUGGAUCCCUAUCCUCGUUGUCAGUUGAGUCCAUAUUAAAACUACUCAAGCUAUUCAGCGAUCUCAAUUCGGUGGUUGAAUACAAGGAUAAAGAAGAGGCAAUCAGAACCCUAUUGAAAUCCAUAAGCGAAAGGUCAAUCGAGGAGGUCGAGCUGGCGCUCAUGAAGCAGAAUAUUUUUGAUGAGGCCCAAUGCCAAUUGCUUUUGUUAGAGCUCAGCAAGGUUGGCACGUUCCCCACUCUCCAUCAAACACUAGCGGACAUAAUCAUUAAGGAUGAUAUCAAGUACUCAGCUAGCUUGAGACUACAGGCUAAGCUUUCAUCACAUUUGCAAAGCAAUAGCGAAAUAAGUGCGGAUGAGCUUUUCGAAUUCAUUCGAAAUUCUGUUACCUCGUCACCAAUAGAAGACUUUGACAAUGCUCAGGAUAGUGUGGUGGAGGCAAUCAUGGCUUCUGGACUCGUGAGCCCCGACAACGAGGUGUUCAAACUACUACAAAAUUGGUUCCGUUCGGAGUAUGAUGUUGUUCCGAGUAUAAAAGUAUUCCAGUACAGAUUGGAAUCUGCAAUCAGCUUAUCAGAUAACUCGUUGGCUUCUCACAUCUUCGAAACGUCCCUUAAAUGUGAUAACGUCCAUUGGGAACUGGACUCUUCUCCAAAAACACAGCUUUUACUCAACAAGCUACUCCGCGUUGUUUGCGAUAACACCACCAGUAUUAUGGAUGUGUUCCCCUUUUUCCAGAAGGUUAAACAGCAUAUGAGGUCUCCGUGCAAUGCUGAAGCCCUCGCAGCUCUUUCUGAAAAAAUGGUUGCCGAGGAGUGUGUUGGAGAUUGUAUUGAGCUUCUCAAGCGUGAGCUUCCAAAAAUUAAAACUGAGUCACCUAAGAGACUUUUGGUUACUCCAAGUUGGGCAUAUGCACAUAGAGAGCUUUUUGAAAAGCUCUACGAUUUCACAGUCGGAUUCACAAACGAGGAAACCUUCGAAACAAACUGGGUUCUUUAUGGAGAGCUUCACAAAUAUUUUGCCGUGCCUUUUGAGACCUAUCUUCCAACGAUGAAAUUCUUCUGUGAGAAGGAUAGAUUGCACGCUGCUCUCGUGAUCUUUCAGCGUGUUAAAUCCCUUAACGAGCUCCACGGUUCGCAUCAUCAUCUUCCUCCAUCUCGUGAAAUGUAUAUGUAUCUAUUCAGAACAUUUGGUGAUCGACUUUAUGAAGAAGGUGUCAUUGAAAUUCAUGAGUACCUAAAGAUGGACAUCAGUCUUCAAGAGAACGAUAUUGACCUCCAAAACUGCCUUCUUGAGGCCUAUUCCAAUUUGCAAAAUAUCGGGAAAGCUCGUGACUUGUUCCUAUCAAUGUCAUCAAAUCCAAAAAUUGAAGGCGGCGUCAAUGAAGAGACAGCUCGAAUUAUGAUCAAGACGUAUACCUACAGCGAUAUGAUCUAUGUCAAAAAGUUUUGGGAUAAUCUCUCUCAAUUUGGUGUCUACCCAGACUUCGCUGUAUUCAGACAAUAUGUCAUUGCGCAUGUCUAUCAUGGUCACGUAGAUGACGCCAUAAAACUCAUUGACGACAUUGACGAUUACAACCUUGAGUUUUCUUCCGACUUGCUUCUUGCUAUGUAUAACUACUGCUUGGACCCCGAAAAGCAGAAACAGGUUGCUCAUUGGGCGCUCGAAAAUCACAAGGAAGAAUGGCUGGAAGUUUCCCAAUCACCCCUUUUGCGAACAGCGUCCAAGUACAUGCCCGAAAGCAAUCUUUUAACGGGUGGUGAGACGAACUAA